AAUUCAGCGAUACAAGAAACGCCAAGUACAGAGAAGUCGUAGACCAAUCGUUUCAAACCCGGAUUCCCAGCUGCAAUAAAGAAAGCCAAAGAACUCCUUCCCUCGCGCCACGUGUCCACUCCCACGUCUGUGGCGUCGAAACUUUUUCCUUCCCCUUUCCUUUCCCCUUCCCUCCUUUUCUCUCCGCCCAUCCCUGUUCCUUCAAUUCCCUCGGAUUUCCUCUUCUGACGAAAAGAAAAUCUCUUUAAUGGCUAAAACAUCCACUAUUGUCUUCUCGUCUUGUCCUUCCCUUUCUCGUUGGAGGGAAACCAAUUCUUUUCUCCCGACUUCCUUCAGAUUCUCAAGUCGUCCUUCUCGUUUCCUUCGUUUCUCUUCCAAAGCUUCCGAUUCCGGCAGCUUCCUUGGCGACGAUUCUUUUGGUUUCUUUCCUUGGUCGCCUGAUAACAACGAUGUUGAAUGGGUUCAGGAGGAGAGAGUCACUUUGUUCACAUCAGAUGGACUAAUUCAAAUCGGAGGUUCCAUGGUUCCGAGGCGUCUAACUUCUUCAGAUAAGAAACAGGGAAAAUCGAAAAUGUCUCAAAAAUUUCAACGGUUUCAAGAGAGUGAUUACAUGGAUCCUAACCAAAGCUUGUGUCUAGGUGCUCUUUUUGACAUUGCAGCAACAAAUGGACUUGACAUGGGUAGAAGGCUUUGUAUCAUUGGCUUUUGCCGCUCUAUUGAGAUGCUCAGUGAUGUUGUGGAAGAUACUGUUUUAGAACAUGGUGGGGAGGUUGUUGCGGCAGAGAAGGCCAGUAAAGGUGGUUUGCAUGAAAAGCUUACCAUGACGGUUGCAGUGCCAUACCUCUGGGGUGUUCCGCCUGCUUCUGAGACACUUCACCUUGCUGUACGGAGCGGUGGAGGGAUUGUGGAGAAGGUUUAUUGGCAAUGGGAUUUUUUUUAAAUAAUUUAUCAAUCUCUUCUAACCAUCACUCGUACAUUCUGUACAUAAAAUUGUUGUAUUCCUAAGUACAAAGCUGAAUGCUGUACUCAAGGUCGAUGACCCAAUUCUUUAAUUGGGAAUUGAUGUCAAUAUCCAAUUCAUUAUUCUCAGUUUCCUGUUUU